AUGUAUAGAAGGAAGAUCUUGAAGAUCCUAGUAAAUGUGGGCAAUUUUUUCACGUUGGAGUCUGUCUUUGUAGCACCAAGAAAAGGAAUUUACAGUUUCAGUUUUCACGUAAUUAAAGUCUACCAGAGUCAAACAAUUCAGGUUAAUUUGAUGCUAAAUGGAAAGCCAGUCAUUUCUGCUUUUGCCGGGGACAAGGACGUCACACGUGAAGCUGCCACUAAUGGAGUCCUGCUCUAUCUAGACAAGGAGGAUAAGGUUUACCUGAAAUUGGAGAAAGGUAAUCUGGUCGGUGGAUGGCAGUAUUCUACGUUUUCUGGCUUUCUGGUCUUUCCCCUGUAAAGUCAAUUUUCCUGUGACAUUCAUCCAGGUGUGGACUCAUCAUUGCCUCUGUUACAUGAAGAUCAUUUUAUCAUCAUGGGAUUGAUGUUUCUUUAUUGGUUUUUCAUGGGUGAAUAUGGAUUCUCUUUAUGGAUUUUGGCCCCAUCUGAACUACUCAGAAGUUUCACAGAAUUUUGUGUGUUUAAAUACAAUAUAUUUGGAUUGAGACUAAAGCAGACAAUAAAUAUCUAUGCUUAAUGUUACAGUCUAAAGCUGCCUGCAAGAUUUAUUCAGAUUUCAUUUACUGGACUGAUUGGAUUCGUGGGAGAAGUGGAUUUUCUUUGAUUAUGAAAAGACUGGCAACCAGGUCUAUAAUUUAGGAGAGUUUGAGUUCAGACUUCAAUCAAGAGUUAGUGUGUUGCUGCCAAAGAACUGUAUAUUGAUA